AUGAACCCAAUUAUCUAUUUUUGAGAAUUUACUCAGUUGCAAUUGACCUAAAAGAUCAUAUGGCAAUUUCCAGGUCCACAAAACAAAUGAUUCAUAAUGGAAGAUCAAUUAAAUAAAACAUAUGCAAACUAUAGGGAGUAUUUUAGUAAUAUACAAGCUAUAGCGCAGGUUUAAGUAAAUGAGUUAAAUUAUACGGGUGUCUAAAUAAAUGACCCUAUUUUUAAAAUUUCAAAGCACGAGAGACGUGGUUUUAUUAUCCACCGUAAAAGGAUGGUUUCCUCCUUUAAAAGAACAGUCUUUUCCUGUGUAAACGUGUCAUGCAGGAAUAACCCUAUUGACAGCUCAAACUGGAUAGCCAAAUCUUUUUUUUUCCCAUUGCGCUGGCUGUCGUAUCGCCGGACAAACCAGUGAACCACUUUUGCUUCGACAUUAUUUUAGCGCUGUGCUAAAAGCCUAAAACAAGAAAGGCCUCGUUUGGCAUGUCGGAGCAAAAGCCUAAAACCAUGUCGGAGCAAUAGCAAGAGUAUCAGCGAAGAAGAAUCCCGUAACCGUAAUAGAGAAAAAAAAAUCAAAAAUAGGAAAACACCCAAAAGAAAGAACAAAGAAAGGCCAGAGCAGAGGAGGGAAGAAAGAACAGUUUUGUGAUAGAGCAGAGCUAUACGAUUCUAAGGCCCUGAGUUCCGAACGACGAUGGACAUUGAGGUCGACGAGAACGAACUGAAGGCUGCUGGUGCCGAGGUACUGCCCGAUGGACGGCGCGGAGUGCGCAUCCAUGGCUGGGAGAUUGAGUCACGCAAGCGGCCCAUUCUCAACUCCAUCAACCUUCACCGGUGGGAACAGAAGCUUCAGACAACCCACUUACCGGAGAUGGUUUUUGGAGAGAGUUGUCUUGUUCUUUACCACGCGAAUAGUCGCGUUAAGAUUCAUUUUAAUGCGUUUGACGCUCUCAUUGGAUGGAAGCAAGAAGCUUUACCACCAGUUGAAGUCCCUGCAGCAGCAAAGUGGAAAUUCAGAAGCAAACCUUUCCAGCAGGUUAUACUUGAUUAUGACUAUACUUUCACAACUCCAUAUUGUGGAAGUGAGAUGAUUGACAUAAACCUGGAGAAGCAUCUAAUGGGGGCCACCUCAGAGGAGGGGGGCUGUUGUUUGCAUUGGGAAGACUCUGAUGAGCAAAUUGAUUUGGUUGCGCUUGCAAAUAAAGAGCCUAUUCUCUUUUAUGAUGAGGUGGUCUUAUAUGAAGACGAAUUAGCUGAUAAUGGGGUGUCUCUAUUAACUGUUAAAGUGAGAGUCAUGCCAAGCUGCUGGUUUCUACUGCUGCGUUUCUGGCUUAGAGUUGAUGGGGUACUUGUGAGAUUAAGGGAUACUAGGAUGUAUUGUGCUUUUGAGAGCAAAGCCAGCCUCAGCAUCCUACGAGAGUGUUGCUGUAGAGAAAACUCCUUUCAAGCUUUAUCUGCAAAAGGAUAUCCUUCUGAUUCUGCUGCAUAUGGUGAUCCAACUCUCAUAAGUCAGAGGCUUCCCGUUAUCAAGCAUAAGGCCCAGAAGCUGAAUAUUCCUUGUAAAAUACUUGCGGGUUGAAAACUUAGUAUUUCUUCUUCUCCAAAUAAGUAGCACCACCACAGUCGAUCUGGACUUUAAUACAACUUAUUGAUCAAAAUCUUCUGACCCCCUCUGUGAAAUCUCUCUUUAGAUCCAAAACCGUAUGAAAUCAUUGUUCACACGAUGUCCGGUCUCUUGAUAAUUGUCAAUGGAUCUUUGGAAUAUGUUUCAAUUCCUGAAGAAUAUAGUGGUGUGUAGGCUCAGAUUGGCAGUUGACCGAACCCUUUGGGUGUGAUGGCAAUGACGGUAGAAGCGUAAUUACAGAUCACGGAAUAUAUGACAAUGAGGACCUCCAUGUACAAGACUAUAAGGGCAAGCCAAAGUGAGAUCACUUUUUUUUAAGAGACAAUUCAUGAUUAAAAAAAAUUGAAGAAUUAAUAAAGGCAAAAUAAGUUUUUUUAUAUUAGUUCUGUUAAACAUAACUCUGAAGGAAUGAUGGCACCUUCGCCAGUCAUUUCAACUUCAUGUCCUGAGUUGACUUACAGUUGUGAUUGGAUGGGAAGAAUUAUGUAGCUGAUCUAAGACUGCCUAAGAGGUAGAAACCCCGAAAUGUGCACAAUCCUACAAUCCACGUCAAUCCCAUAACCAAAUUUGUAUUGGAGUUUUAUCGGAUGGAUUAUAGCCGUCCAAACUUUUAAUAUUUAACAUUAGCAUAUAAGUUGCUUACUAGAUGCUUUAUUUUGAGCAUUUAGCAAAUAAUGUAUUCUGGGAAGAGCACAGGGAAGUCUAUCAAUGUUCAAAGUAUGGAUAUCGAGUCCCAUCAGAGAUGCUGAUUGGAGUCCUGCUACCUGUUGUUACCCCUGAAUUUAGAGGAUAAUUGUUAGUGUGUUGCUGUACUAUGCCCAAAAAAAAAAGGAUAACAGUAGUUAUAGCAACCAUAGGGGAUUCAGGCGUACAAUUAAUUAAAAAAAAAGUAUGAAUACCAGGCAUACUGUAUCGCUUUGGAGGGUCACUCAAACUCUUGGUUUUAGGAUUUUGGAAAUUAUGGUGGUUUUAAACAUUAAAUAGAAAUAUUAUAAGCCCCUUAUAAAAAAUAUGAAAAAAAAUGUAUCAAUCACCUGAAACGCCUCGAUACGCAUGUUCAGACGUAUCGGAUGUAUUGAUAUUUGAACCUUUUUCCUAGGUGGCUUGGGAAGCUCACUGAACGACCGAAUUGACAGAUACAUAAAUAUACGAUACCGAAAAUGGAUGAGAAUUGAAACUUCAAACUUCUUCAACUAAUUACAUUAGCUUCUUUAGUCGAUGGUUGAAAAAAAAAUGCCAAAAUCAUACAGUAGCUAGACAGGAAAUAAAAGAGAAACCUGAUUUAGUUGACAGGAUGGAUGGAUCAAAGACUGAGAUUCAAAUCUAUCUUUUGUAGUUCUGAUGGUUGUAUAGACAGUUUAGGGUCCAGGUGAAAGCUCCCCGGCCACAUCAUAUCCAUUGCUUCUUCGAAAGUGAAUGGCGCCCAAGCCAUCCCAUAGCCCGAGUUGGGAUUGUUGAACCGUGCUACCAACCCAGUUCCUUCUUUGCUUGGCUUGUGCACCAGCGAGUGAGGCCGGGCUCCCAGUGAUUGCAUUAUGGGUGAUGCAUUAUGGGGCAAACUCACCGUUGUCGCCAUCUUGUGAGAUUGGAAUCUUCUGGUUGCGCCUCUCUCCCUCUUGUGAGCGUUCUGGUGACCACCCAAAGCUUGUGAACUGAAGAAUUUUCUCAUGCAAAAGUUGCACGAGAAGACCUUGUUGGAAGCGGGCUUUGAUUGUGGAUCCAAGUUCCUGUUGCAUGGCUCACUUCUACCGAGGCUCAAAUUCAACCACUCUUCCCUAUCCAUUCCGCCAUCAUUGUUGUUUCUGCUCUUUAAUUCGACUUUCUGGUUGUUGGUUGACAUCUGGGUUGUUGAGUCUUCUUCAGUCUGCUUGAUCAUUGUCACUACCACCCUAAAAUCAGAGUAAGGAUCUCAAACCUCUAACAAAUUAAUUCGGAAUUUGGAAAGAGUAGAAGAGUUCUCAAGGGUGUUUAAGUUGAAACUCGAAAGAUUAGAGGCUUUGUUGGCUGGUUGGUGGUUGCUCUUAAAAAGGGUGAUAUCAACAGGGAGAACAAAUGGAGGGAAAAACGAAAUUGAGAUUUUUUCAUUUUAUCUCAUUUCUAUCCAAUAGCACCCACUGGUGAUGCUUGGUACUCCAGGAACAAUGCUUAUAUCAUCUUUUACUGUGCCCAUGUCAAGCCUCGGAAUAUUGAGAACAUCAACUUUUCCCUCAUAUUUUUUUCAUCUCCACAUCACACCACUUUUUACGUGGCUGUUCUCCUUGGAGUAACUAAUAAUAAUACUAGGUUCACGAUACAGCAAUAAUUACAUCACCGGUCAAAUCACAAUCUUAUAAUUUACAUCAACUGUCUGCCAUUAAUGUUCUGCUUCCCUGACUAGAUUAGAUACAUGCCGGGUGUGAACAAUAUAGGGUUUGGAGACAGAGAAUCUACUUCAUCAAUCCAGACUGCGCAAAACUAGUGGUUUGGCCAAUCAUGGACCAUUUGAUCCAAGGAAUAAAACGAAUAGGUAACCUGUCAACCAGGUACCUCUAUAUAGUUCUUGUAGGGAUAAAUAGACUGCAGUCCAUUCCAGAAAUUUGUAAUUAUAGUCCCCUCCUAAUCUAUCAGUAGCACCCUUAUAAAUCGCAUCCUAACCGUAGAUUUGAUAUCGAUCCACCAUCAGAUUCAUCCCACCUGUACGGUGGGGUUCAGAUUUCUGGGAUGGACUGAGUUAUAAAAGGUAGCAUCUCAACUUGGUAUAACUCUUUCAUGCGGUCACGUCAAGUAGGUAAGUGAAAAUUAGAUGCAAAAAGUAGUGUCACCUCGCUGAGGAAGCUGUAAUUUCUAUAUACAAAGAGAAAAAAGCCUUUUGUGGUGCAAUGAGCAAGUAAAUGAUAAACUUCACUACAGAUUUAUCAAAAUGAGUGGCGAUGCUAUAAUUCAUCUUUUUUUUUAAUGUCUUUGGGGUGGAGCCUGGAGGGGCCCAGAGAACCGGCAAUAAUGGCGAUAAAAAGUAAGGAGAGAUGUGUAGUUGCGUUUCAUUUUGAUUGUUUACAACAAAGACAAAGAUAUCCAUGCAGGAGUCUUCAUGUGGGGCUUCUUGACCUUCGUCAAACAAGUAGUGAGCAGUUUACGUGUGUACAGCAGAAGUCCAUUUGGGGUCACUUGUACUUUUUCUCACAGAAUCUUGUUGUUAUUAAACAAGGAAGAGAAGACAAGAGGAGCCCCGUUCGCAUAAAGGGUGCCUGUUUCUUGUUCUUCUGUUUGUUCAAUAAUAUAUAAAUCACAACAACAACAACGAU